AAGACUAAUUUCUCACCUCUUGUUCUCUGUCCCCAGCAAACCCAGCCCUCCAUCCUGACUGUUCCCCUGAGAGAGAUGGCAGCAGCCAGAACAGGAUUCAGCCCUCUGCUCCUGCUCCUGCUGCUGGGGCUGUGGCUAGCUGAGGUCCCAGUCAGUACCAAGCCCAGCAACAUGACCGCAGCUCAGUGGUUUGCAACUCAGCACGUGCAGCCCAAACCCCAGGGAUGCGACACUGCAAUGAACAACAUCAACAAAUACACGAAACGCUGCAAAGACUUCAACACCUUCCUGCAUGAAUCCUUCUCCAGUGUGGCCACCACCUGUCAGACCCCCACCAUAGCCUGCAAGAAUGGCCGUAAAAACUGCCACCAGAGCCAAAGGCCUGUGUCUCUGAGCACAUGUAAGCUCACCUCGGGGAAGUAUCCAAACUGCAAGUACAAAAAGAAGCAACUGGUCGCUUCUUACAUUGUAGCCUGUGAUGCUCCCCAGGCAGGAGGCUCUGGGAAAUUCAAGCUGGUCCCUGUGCACUUGGACUAGGUCCUUUAGGUAUGCAGCCUUCCUCCCUCUUGGGCUGUACCUUAAUUCCCUCUCCAGGCCUCCGUGCAAGUCUUUUUUUUUUUUAAUGUUUAUUUAUUUUUGAGAGAGAGAGACACU